AUGGAGGACGGUAUCGCUCAUAGCAUUUGGAGAAAUACUGAUUUGGAUUUUUCAGCCCUUAAUUCUUCUAGAAGGUCUGGAGGUAUUCUUACCUUGUGGAAUAGGUCGAAAGUUUUAGCUAUAUCCAGUUUUUGUGGUACUGGAUUCUUGGGCAUUCACUUUCUGUGGAACAAUCAAAGCCUAAUUGGGGUUAACGUUUAUGCACCUUACAGUUCUGCUGACAGAAGGAAUUUGUGGAGGGAUCUCACUAAAAUUAAAAGUAAGCUAACAGGUGUUGGCUGGAUCGUGGGGGGAGAUUUUAACGAGGUUAAGAUCGGGGAGGAAAGAAAAGGCUUAAGUGCUAAUAGUCUCAGGAAUAUGAAGGUUUUCAGUGAGUUUAUUGAUGAGCUGAAGUUGACGGAUCUUCCGGUGUUUGGUAACAAGUUUACGUGGUUCAAUUCCAAUGGCAAGAGUAGAAGUAGAUUGGACAGAUUUUUGGCGGAUGAUCUUGCAAUUUCCAUGCUCUCUCUGAUCAAUCAAGUGGUGGGCGAUAGAGACGUUUCAGACCAUCGGCCUGUGUGGUUGAAGUCUAACUUUGUGAAUUGGGGGCCAAAACCGUUUAGGUCCUUCAACUAUUGGUUUUCUCAUAAGGACUUCAUUCCGUUUGUUAAGCAGUCGUGGAAUUCUUACCAUGCUUCAGGGUCUUUUUGCAACAUUCUGAUUAAAAAGUUUACUGCUUUGAAAAGUGACCUCUGGAGCUGGAACCGCAACGUUUUCGACUGGCUAGAUUUAAAGGAGUUUGUAUCUAACCUCAAUACGUUAGAGAUGGACAGUGACUUGGUUUUUGCCUCUCACAAUGAAGAUUUGAACAAGGAAAGAUAUCGUUCGAACUGUUUAUCUGCUAUCGGAGUGGGAGAUGGGAUGGAGGAAGACCCUGAGGCCAUUAAAUGCGAAGCUGUGAAGUACUUUAAGGAGAGAUACCAGAGCCAAUCAUCGCCCAAGUUAUUUAUUUACUUCAAUAAUAUAGCUUGCUUCGAAGAGGAAGACAGGUUACGACUGGAAACUGUUUUCUGCCCUGCAGAAGUUAAAGAUGCUGUUUUCAGUUGCGAUGGAAAUACGUGCCCCAGUGCCGACGGUUUCAAAACUAAUUACUCUAAAAGCUGCUUGUACGGGAUUCGAUUAGAUCCUGAUUUUCUUGUGGCUGCUGAAGAUUUUCUUCACUGCAAAUUCGGAAAGUUGUCGUUUAGAUUCUUUGGUAUCACUGUUGGCGGCAACCAUCGUCGCUACUCUUUUAGGAAUCCGGUUCUGAAUUGUUUGAGGAAUAAAUUAUCCAACUAG